CUGCAAUCCAAUAUGUAUUUGUGCCCUAGACAUGGGUUGCACUCCGGGGGCUAAUGUGACUGUUUCGUCUAGAUUACACUAAUUUAUAGUGUCAUAGAAAUACGAAGACAUUGCUAAAGUAGGCAAUUAAUUGGUAUGAAACAACUUUGCCAUAUUAUUUACUUCAGAUGGCAAUGGUGCCAUUACUGUUACUAGCAACGUUCAUUUAAAAAAAUAGCUAGCAUUGCUAAUGUUAGCUAGCUAAAAUACAGUGGGUGGUCCUCUCAAUCUUCUUUAGCUGGCCAAAGUCGGACUGCAUCUAAAGUAUGGCGACAUCACAAUCCCACAAAAAAGGUUUUCCUACUAAUUAUUUGCAUUCUUUUGAAAUGUUAACACAUUUCCAAGCCAAAUCCUAGUUCUAUUGAGGUAGGUUAAAGUCAGCCAGCUACCUAGCUAGGUAAUAGCUAUCAUUAGCUAUGCUAGCAAUGAUAGUGAUAAUGAUUUUCUAAAUAUACAUAACCAGCAGUCUGCGGUCUAGCUACCGGUAUACUCACCACCACUGGGAGCAACGAUCUCCAACCACCUAUUAUGUAAGGAAGGGUCCUUCAGCAGGGCAUGCAUACCAUAGUUGGCUGUGCUUACAACCGAAAGGUUGCAAGAUCGAAACCCCUGCUUGGCAAGGUUAAACAAAUUUUAUACAUUAUAAUAAUGCGGUUCUGUCCCUGAACAAGGCAGUUAACACACUAUUCCUAUGCCGUCAUUUAAAUAAGAAUGUCCUUAACCGACUUGCCUAGUUAAAUAACGUUUUAAAUAAAAUACCUGGAAGCAUGCAUUGUCGAACCAGUGCCAAAGGCAUAGGGCUUUUCAGUCUCAAACGGCUGUGGUCCUUUGAAUGCGUUGGGGGCGAUAAAACAACAAAACAACAUUCAAUGAAGGGUAGCGGAGGGGCGAUUUCUUUGCAUCUGGAGUUAUCAAAACCCAACCUUCAUUUACAUUCUGAUACACUCAGGAUCCAAACUCCGUUUAAGACGAGACUGACUUUAUGACCAAAAUGAUCCAAUUUACACUUCCUAGUAAAUUUGGAAUACAUGUUUGACUCAUAUCGAUGUCACAUAGGCCGUUUUCAAAAGGAUUUGUUAGUUUUUAGGGGCAGACAUUCUUUAACCGUUUUAAAUUUCAACUUCAAUGUGGGUGACGUUUGCCUUCACAACGAUCCCGGUUUAGACUUUUCCAUUUUGCACACAAAUGUCUUGAUCUUUAUGAGGGGCAUCAUUCAUCGCCUGUGUGAGGCUCUGCGUAGUGGCCAGAGCUAAGCAUUGCAUUAUUGUUGAUGCAUCGGGAAUGUUACAACAACAACAAAAAUCCACAAAAACAAAUAUUUGUGGAAUAAUGCUUAGAAAAAUACAAUGGUAAAGAAAUCGUUUGAGAAUGUCAGCAUGUUUUGGGAACAUUUGAAUGAAUCAAAGAUUAUGAUCACGUGACGUAUGGCUGGUCGCGUGACGUCUCUUCUGCUUUGUUGUUGGCUAAUGUGGGAGCUCAAAAAAAUGGAGGGGUUUAGACUGUUAGUAAAGUAUUUUUUAUCCCUAUCUUCAGUGUGGAAUGUCGGUCAUUUCAAGGACAGUGGAAUGCUCUUUCCUCGAGAGUCGUCGUCGCGAGAGAUCAAAGAGCUGAAUGGACUAUGGAACUUCAGGGCCGACCACUCGCUCAACAGGAACUUGGGCUUUGAACAAGCAUGGUACAAAAGUCGCCUCGCAGAGAGUGGUCCAGUGAUUGACAUGCCAGUGCCUGCCAGCUACAAUGACAUCACCCAGGACCCACGGCUGAGGGAUUUCAUUGGCUGGGUGUGGUACGAGAGAGAGGUGUUGGUACCCUCUGGAUGGGUGUCUGAGGGAACCAGAGUUGUACUGCGAGUUGGGAGUGCACACUACUACUCAGUGGUCUGGGUGAAUGGGAUCAAAGUGAUGGAGCACGAGGGCGGCCAUCUUCCCUUUGAGGCUGAGAUAGUGGAGGUCCUCCGUAACAACCCAGGUGGGGCCUGCAGGAUCACCAUAGCUGUCAACAACACCCUGACUCUCCAAACCCUGCCCCCAGGGACUAUCCAACAUAUAGACGACCCCACCAGGUAUCCUGCUGACUAUGUUGUGCAAAACACAAACUUUGACUUCUUCAACUAUGCUGGUUUACAUCGGCCUGUAAAGUUGUAUACCACUCCUAAGGCGUAUGUGGAUGACAUCACAGUGCAGACAACCUUUGCCGACAACAUUGGUCUGCUCUCCUACCAGGUGUCGGUGCUGGGCAGUCCCAACCCCACGGUGACGGUGACUCUCUCAGACAAAGAUGGCCGUUGUGUGGCCUCUUCCACUGGACCCUCUGGGGUCCUCAAAGUAACGGACGCCAACCUGUGGUGGCCGUAUCUAAUGCAUGAGAAUCCAGGUUAUCUGUAUUCUAUGGGGGUUCACAUGACGACAAGUGGUGAGGGUUCUGUCUAUGAGGAUGUGUAUGCUCUGCCUGUGGGCAUCCGCACUGUGCAGGUCACCAACACACAAUUCCUCAUCAACAACAAACCCUUCUAUUUCCAUGGAGUCAACAAACAUGAGGAUGCUGAUAUCCGAGGCAAAGGCCUAGACUGGCCCCUGAUGGUGAAGGAUUUCAACCUGUUGAAGUGGCUGGGGGCCAACUCGUUCAGGACCAGCCACUACCCCUACGCUGAGGAGAUAAUGCAGAUGGCAGACCGCCAUGGCAUCGUGGUCAUCGACGAGUGUCCCGGGGUGGGCAUCAAAGAUAUCCGUAGUUUUGGGAACGCCUCCCUGUCACAUCACCUGGCGGUCAUGGAUGAACUGGUGAGGAGGGACAAGAACCACGCCUCCGUGGUCAUGUGGUCUGUAGCCAAUGAGCCGGCUGCUGAGAUGCCUCCUGCUGGAUUCUAUUUCAAGACACUGAUGGCGCAUACCAAAUCUCUGGACCCAACUCGACCUGUCACCUUUAUCACAGACAGUAACUUUGCCAGGGACAAAGGGGCUCCCUAUGUGGAUGUGAUCUGCGUGAACAGUUACUUCUCCUGGUACCACGACCCAGGUCACCUGGAGGUCAUCCCCUUCCAGCUCAACACCCAGUUUGAGAACUGGUACGGGAAGUACCAGAAACCCAUCAUCCAGAGUGAAUAUGGAGCCGACGUGGUUCCGGGGCUGCACACGGACCCUCCCAUGAUGUUUACUGAGGAGUACCAGAAGAUGGUCUUACAGAACUACCAUGAUGUGUUUGACCGAAAGAGGAAGGAGUAUGUCAUUGGAGAGCUCAUCUGGAACUUUGCUGACUUCAUGACAGCACAAACGGUGACCCGUGUGGUGGGCAACAAGAAGGGCAUCUUCAGUCGGCAGAGACACCCCAAAGCUGGCGCCUUCCUCCUGAGGGAGAGGUACUGGAGGCUGGCCAAUGAGACGGGCCUGCUGCCCAUCGGAGCUAGGUACCCCUGAUACACCUGGAUGGGGGACACACAGCACCUGGGUCGUAUUUUUUUAGAGCAAAUACCCUCACUUUGUAACAAAACAUUUAGCUAUUGGACAAGUCCAGGUAGUCCUUCUGUUUAUCUGUUUUGUUCCGUUUGGUACCUAAUGAACACAGCCCUAUAUGUGGGACAAACCCACGACUCAGGGGGUUGUCUUAUGACAACUACAAUGCUCAGAAGACCACAUCAGAUUGUUACCAGAACCAACCUCCCUUUUGGCUGAGUAUUUGUCUUCCUCUGUUUUUAAUUCAGGAAUCAACCCCAUUUUAUGCAUGAAUGUAAAUCAUGAUGAUGAUCUGUGUCAGAUGAAUGGGAAUGUGUUGUAUGAAAAAUGCAUGUGUAUUGUUUUUAGAAUGCUUGCUGGCUCAAUGUUAAGACUUCACCCAUUUGACUUUUUCCAGAUUGUUGUUACAGCCUGAAUUUAAAAUGGGAUUCAAUUGAGUUUUUGUUACUGGCCUUGACACAAUAACCCAUAAUGUCAAAGUGGAAUUAUGUUUUUAGACAUUGUUACAAAUGAAAAGCUGAAAUGUCUUGAGUCAAGUAUUCAGCACCAUUUGUUAUGGCACGCCUAAAUAAGUUCAGGAGUAAAAAUGUGCUUAUCAAGUCACAAGUUGCAUGGACUCACUCUGUGCAAUAGUGUUUAACAUGAUUUUGGAAUGACGACUGCAUCUCUGUACCCAACACAUGCAAUUAUCUGUAAGGUCCCUCAAUCAAGCAGUGAAUUUCAAAUGGAUUCAACCACAAAGACCAGGGAGGUUUUCCAAUGCCUCACAAAGGGCACCUAUUGGUAGAUGGGUAAGAAAAAGCAGACAUUGAAUAUCCCUUUUAGCAUAGUGAUGGUGUAUCAAUACACCCAGUCACUACAAAGAUACAGGCGUCCUUCCUAACAGGCGUCCUUCCGGAUGUCAUAAGGUGAAUGCACCAAUUUGUAAGUCACUCUGGAUAAGAGCGUCUGCUAAAUGACUUAAAUGUUAAAUGUAAAUGUAACUCUGUUGCCUGGGAGGAAGGAAACCGCUCCGAGAUUUCACCAUGAGGCCUAAUGGUGAUCUAAAACAGCUAUAGUUUCAUGGCUGUGAUGGGAGAACUGAGCCAGGAUCAACAUUGUAGUCACUCCACAAUACUAACCUAAUUGACAGAGUGAAAAGGAAGCCCGCACAGAAAAAUAUUACAAAACAUGUAUCCUGUUUGCAACAAGACACUAAAGAGUAAUACUGCCAAAAAAAUUAGCAAAAAUAUGUUUUUGUCCUGAAUAGAAAGUGGUCAGCUUGGGACAAAUCUAAUACAACAUAUUACUGAGUACCACUCUAAAAAAUAUUGUCAAGCAUAGUGGUGGCUGCAUUCUGUUAUGGGUAUGCUUGUAAUCGUUAAGGACUGGGGAGUUUCAGGGUAAACAUUGAAUGGAGCUAUACAUUCACAUUACUGAACUCGGGAAGUUGUUGUUGCCAUCCUGUAUCUGUCCCGCAGGUGUGAUGUUCGGAUGUACCGAUCCUGUGCAGGUGUUACACGUGGUCUGCCACUGCGAGGACGAUCAGCUGUCCGUCCUGUCUCCCUGUAGCUCUGUCUUAGGCGUCUCACAGUACGGACAUUGCAAUUUAUUGCCCUGGCCACAUCUGCAGUCUUCAUGCCUCCUUGCAGCAUGCCUAAGGCACAUUCACGCAGAUGAGCAGGGACCCUGGGCAUCUUUCUUUUGGUGUUUUCAGAGUCCAUGGAACGGUCUCUUUAGUGUCCCAAGUUUUCAUAACUGUGACCUUAAUUGCCUACCGUCUGUAAGCUGUUAGUGUCUUAACGACCGUUCCACAGCUGCAUUUUCAUUUAAUUGUUUAGGAUUCAUUAAACAAGCAUGGGAAACGGUGUUUAAAAUCCUUUGAAAGACAGGGUCCUGACAAAGGGACGUUUUAUUUUUUUGCUAAGUUUAGGUAUGCUUGUAAUUGUUAAGGACACAGGAGUUUAUCCCGGAUAAAUUAUCCCAGGCAACAUGAGAACCUGGUUCAGUCUGCUUUCCACUAGACACUGAGAUGAAUUCACCUUUCAGCAGGACAAUAACCUUAAACAAAAACCCACAUUACACUGGGGUUGCUUACAAAGAAGGCUGUGAAUGUUCCCGAGUUGCCAAGUUAGUUUUGACUUAAAUAUGCUUGAAAGUCUAUGGCAAGUCCUGAAAAUGGUUAUCGAGCAAUGAUUAACAAACUAUUUGAAUUCCGAAACUAAUUGGAAAAUGUUGCACAAUCCAGGUGUGGAAAGAUCUUAGAGACCCAGAAAGACUCACAGCUGUAAUCGAUGCCAAAGGUGAUUCUAACAUGUAUUGACUCAUGGAGUUGAAUACUUCUUUUAUCAAGAAAUGUUUUAUUUUGUGUGUAUAUUUUUUAUGUUUGAAUUUUUCUUUCACUUUGACAAGUAUAUUGUGUAGAUCAUUGACAAACAAAUUACAUCCAUUUGAAUCCCACUUAUGCAGAAUAUUUAUAACCAUGAUUUUAUAUAGAAACUGGCAAUCUAUACACUGUUGUCUAAUAAAAUUUCCUAAUUCUCAUCAGUAUAUUUGAAGUGGAUGACAAGUUUUGGAGUUCACCAGGUACUGUGUUAUCGUUUGUUAGCAACCAGUUCAAGUCAGUCUUUGUUUUCGGAGCAUUCCAAUCAUCCCACAUAUUCCGCCUGGUGUCAUUCAGUUCCUAAUUUAGGCCUAUAUUCAAACCACACCGUGGAUCCACGCUAUAGCACAAUUUAAUUUGAAUGUCAAUGUUUGAAGACUGCAUUCUCGGUAAACGCUCUAUACAGUGCCUAGUGAACGUCUACACACCCUUUGCACAGCUGUCACAUUAUGCUGCUUUUAAUUAAGAUCCAACAAUCUAUUCAAUUGGGAUUUUCCCCCACUGAUCUAUACCACCUACUCCAACCUUUCAAAUAAAAAACAACAUACUGCUGUUUAAAAGUUGGGAGUCACUUAGAAAUGUCCUUGUUUUUGAAAGAAAAGCUUUUUUUCUUUUUUUUUACCAUUAAAAGAACAUCAAAUUGA